GGAGCCACAGGCGAAGGGAGGCUGGAAGGGCGGAAGUCCUGCACCGGCCCUGUUGGGAGAAUCUCCAGGUGAGCAAGAACCGAUGCCGUGGUGGGGUUCGUCUUAGGUGGGGAAGAAAGCGCCCCGUGAACCUUGGGUGACACCACAGGAGGGGACCCUAUCUUGUUACUGGGCUUCGGGGAAAUCUUCUAAAAACGAACUAUUUGUAUACUUAGCAGGAUACUGUUAUGUAGUUCAGCCAGAUAAAGCUUAAGCCAUAUGACAAAAAUGUGGAUAUUAGCUGCAAUAGCAGCAGCGUUUUCAAAUGAAGAGCUCGUGUAAACUGUAUGGAAAUCGCAUCAGAGUUUGCAAUGUCUAACAGAAGCAUUAUCAUGACUACAGCCGCUUGUAUAGAGAAUCUACUGUAUAAAAAAAAUUACCAAGAUAUUGGAAGUCAUCUUGAAUAUCUUGAAACAGUUGAUAUGACUAUAAAUAAUCUCCAAGAAACUGAUAUUGCCAAAGCUGUUUUCCAAAUCCUCAAGAACUGUCCCUCAGUAGUACUGAAAAACAAGUCUAAGCAUUUAUUGUCGAAAUGGAAAACACUUUAUAAAAAAUACCAAUCAAUGCAUAUUAAACCAGGACCCAGUAAUAUGGAAAUAUCUUUUAAGAAUGAUCAGGUAGUCUUGGAGAAUAGAAACUUCGGUGAAAAGGGUCAGUUUGAAAAAGUAGAUUCUGUCAGUUCUAACAAUUGCUUGCCAUCAGAAAAGAGUUCAAAAGCUGUUAGAAGUAAUGUGCAAGAGGAUUAUGCAAUUCAAUCAGAACAUCUGGGAGUCACAUGCUUGGAUAGCAAAAUAAACCCAUCUGAGGAUCCUAUUACACCUCUAAGGUCUAAAUGCAUAGAACUUCUUAACAAAGCUUUGUGUGACUCUUCAACAAGCAAUGAACAAAAUGAAAAGCAUCACAAAAUAGUCGAAGAAAUUGAACAGCACAUUUUUGCAAUGUAUGUAAAAAAUAAUAGAAAAUACAAAAACUGUAUCAGGAGCAAAGUUUUAAACUUGAAAAAUCCUAAAAAUUUUCAUUUAAAGACUAACUUGCUUUCAGGGGCUCUUAAUCCCAAAACAUUUGCUGAUAUGUCUGUGAUGGAAAUGGCACAUGAUGAACUGAAAGAGCUCAGGACUUCAUUUACCAAGUCAUCUGUUCUGGAACAUCAGCUCCCCCAAAAUAUCAGUGGUACACGUACAAGCAAAAUAAAAUGUAAGCACUGUGAAAAGUAUGAUUGCACUAUUACUGUCAUUGCAAGGGGAGCCCUUUUCCUUCCUGGUUGGGUGCAGAAUACAAAUCCAGAUGAACAAAUGAUGACUUAUGUGAUUUGUAAUAAAUGUGGAGAGCAGUGGUACCACAACAGAUGGAUCUGUUUAUGAUUGUACAUUAUUUAGAAGUAAAUAUAAAAUAUGGUAAUCCAGAGCAAAUAUUUGAAUGUGGAAGUAGUGAAAAUGCUUAAAUGGUUUUGUGCUGUAAUAAAAUGAUGUGAAUUACUGAACAAAUGAUUGUAAAAUAUUGGAAAUUGUUUAGAAAAGCAGAGUAUGACUCAGGCCAGUUCAUAAUUACAAAUCAGCAUUACUAUAGUAUCAAUGUCAUGCAACUUACAGAUAAGAGUAUAUUUUAAAAGCAUUGUUAAGCUAGUAACUUUUUACAUUCAUUUGAAGACUUAAAUCUCUAAGAAUGAAGUGUUAAAUCUCUAGGAAUGAAGUUUCCUGACUAUUUCAUUGUUGUAAAAUAGUUCCUUGUGCAGGUGUGUGUCCUCCAUGGCCUAGUUCAUACUAGGGCUUGCAGAGUCACGCUGAACCACACAGGAGAAAACAAA